CAUGCGCAGAUCGUUAAAACUGCCGAUGUGGCUGCUGAACUUUUUAUUAAGCCGUAAGAACCGAAAAACUGUUGACAUGAAACUUGUUAUACUGACUUUCUUUGUCCUCUGCUGCUCUGUUACAGCAGAGCAAGACGAAAGACUGCCGAACAAAUGCGAAGUGUGUAAGUUUCUGUCAGUAGAGCUGCAGGAUGCUCUGGAGAAAAGUGGUCGCUCCAAAGAAGUCCUGGAGCUGGGAGAGGUGCUGGACUCAGGCAGGAGGAGAAGGACGAUCAAAUACAACACUUCGGAAACCCGUCUGACAGAGGCUCUGGACAACAUAUGUGAGCGCGUCCUGCAGUAUAAUGUUCACGCAGAGAGGCCAGGCAGCCUCCGAUACGCCAAGGGGGCCAGUCAGACCAUGACGACUCUGAAGAACCUGGUCCACAAAGGGGUCAAAGUAGAUUUGGGUCUGCCAUUUGAGCUGUGGGACGAACCCUCUGUAGAGGUGUCAGACAUGAAGAAACAGUGUGAGACGAUGCUGGAGCAGUAUGAGGAGGUCGUGGAGGACUGGUACUUCAAUCAUCAGGAGAAGAGGCUGGAGAGCUUCCUCUGUCAGAACCAAGUCCUCAAGACAUCAGAGCAAGAGUGCAUAAAGGAGAUGUGGAAAGGAGACAUGAGAAUCAAAAGUGAGGCCAAGGAGGCAGAAAGCCACGGCACAGAAGAGGAGAGGAAAUCGCAUGAUGCUGGAGAGCUAUGAGGGGGAAAAUAUAUAAAAGUGAAACGCAAAAGACAACGGAGUAACCUCAAAUUUCCCGGCCAAUAGUAAAAAAAUAUACACAAACUUUUUUUAUUAUAUUUCUACUGCCAAAUCUUGGUUCCAGAGUCUUGGGAGUCAUAAUCAUGUGUGCUUUUGGAUUUCAACACUACGUUUCUCCCGUUGUUUGUAUAUGAACUGUCGCACAUUUUAGUUGAAUGAGGUUCCAAGCUUUUGCCAUUCAUAUUUUAGUCAGUGUUAUACGAUGUUUACACGCUGUUACAUCUCCUAAUGCCAACACUAUAUGGUACAAAGCAGCAUGUUUACAUCCCAAUUACAGCCUUAUAAUGCAAUAUGUACAGUUUUUUCAGUGUGAAUAAAAUGCCUUUUAUAACA